CCGGCCGACUGAGCGCCGGCCCACCCCACCCCACCCCACCCCACCGCCCCGAGCCCAGUGGAGACCCGUGCAGUCGGCACCGUUAUACAGCUGCCCCUGAGCCGCGUUUCAGCUGGUCAGCUAAUCCCUGAGUCCCGGCGGCAGAGAAUGUGGCCAUCAAACUUUCCUCGAGAGGAGGAGAUACAUAUAUAUCUAUAUAUCCUUUGUUGUUUGGGAGGUCGAAACCAUAACGGAAUUUUGGAAACGUAUUUCAUGGUUUACAUAACGCAGAUUUAACAAAAGCGAACGGAAACGAAUUUCAUCCUGUAAAUGCAGCGAUGAGCAAGUUUAACGCUCUGCUGAACAGUUGCUCCACAAAUCAUGUUGUCAGGCCAAUGAUCUGACUGGCUUCCUGUGUUUCUGUUUCUCAUUUUUGGAGCAGAUGUUGGACUAACUUGCAUCAGGCAAUCCGGAGCAACACCUUUGUGUUUUGCUCCAGAUUUCCAGCAUCGGUCCUCUCUUGUGUCUCCAUUUGACCUCAGUUUCAGUCCUGAUGCAGGAUCUCGACCCCGAACGUCGUCCAUUCCCUUCCCUCCACAGAUGCCGUUGGACCUGCUGAGUUCCUCCAGCAGUGUGUUUUCGCUCUGGAUCCAGCAUGUGUUCUCCAUUGUGUCCGGACCAGUUCCUGUUCUUCCACCACCUCUGUUCCCAGUGACCAUGGUUGACUGUCCUUGUCCUGAAAAAUCUCAACUUCAAAAUUCUCCUGUUCCUGGCACAUGGCCUCACCCUCUGUACCUUUGGCACAUCUGCCUUUGCACAGAUUGAGAAUGGUUUUAUACUCCUGAGUUUACAUUCUUGCUUUAUAACGGCUCCCGUCAACCUACCUCUGCAGAUUAUCCCCAUGACAAUCUGGCCUCGCCCUAUCACACACAUUCACUUAGUCCCAUCCAUCCCUGUCACACCUUUGUUGACUCUGUUUCUCUUCCCACCUGCUGUGUAUUUUCAGCAUUUUCUAUUUUUAUUUCGCAUCUCUAAUUCGUUUCCUCUCUCUCCCAGUCCUCCCGAAGGGUCUUCAACCUGAAAUGCGAACUCUGUUUCUCUCUCCACAGACGCUGCUUGACCUGCUGACCAGCAUUUUCUGUUUUUCUUCCAGAUUUUCAGCAUCUACAGUUUUUAAAUUUUAAUUUACUUUCUCCCACUGUUUCCUUCUCCGAUGCCCUGGCACAAAGUGAUAAUUCACUCCCCAGAUCACUACAGUUCUAAACAUUAGGAUUUAGUUGCCACAGAUUGGGUUUCUGAAUCUGAAUUAAGCAUUAAAAUAUUUGCUUUAAUUUAUUUUAAUUGUGGCAGUUCAGAUUGUAUUAAUAUAGUGAUGUUGUCAUACCAAAAUAUCCAGAUGUUUGCACUGAGGGGAAUUGGGACCCAUCUGUAAAUGAAGAACUUGCAUUCAUCAAUUCUCACCCAAGAUGAACAAUGGAAAAUAUGACGUGCUUCCAAUGCCAGCCUGCACUCGAUGAUAGGUUGCAUGUAGGCUGCUCAGUUCUAUUGGACACAAAGGAGCUCUGGUCUUGCUGCAAUCAUCUAGAGCAGAGCUUCAAUCCUGCAUCUUUUAACCAUUAACCCGCUUCGCACCAUGGAUGCAGAUGUCAGCAAAUUGAGAAGGCGGGGCUGAGCUGCCUUCUUGAACGGCUGCACAGAACUCCCACAGAGCUGUUGGGGAAGGAAUGCGAAGAUGAAUCCCCAGCAACGAUGAAGGACCAGUGAUUAUAUGGUGCAUGACUUGGAGGGAAACCUUCACGUGAUGAUGUUCUUAGCUCUCAUGUGGAGCCUCGCUUCCCACUGCUACCUCCUCCUCCCCGCUCUAUUAUUUGAAAGAGCUUCCAGUGCCAACGCCUCUGCGCAGAUGAAGACAUUUGGCUGCUCUCUGCUCUGCCUCUGGCAGCUUCUCAGCCAGUGGGUUCCAGCUCAGGGGGCGAGUCACAACAAGGUGGCUGCUACAGGUUCCUCGGUUCAAUUCCCCGGAACAGAUAAGGAAUUCGAAAAUUUGAACUGGGAGUUCUCAACUCCGAGCAGGACUCUUCCCAUCACUGAUGUGGUUGGAGGAAGGUAUGUCAUAUUUGAGAAGUACAAGAAUCGAAUUGAAGUUAACAUACCUGAUGGAUCCUUUCUAUUACAAGCUGUGGACAAAGCAGACAGUGGACAAUACAAAAUGACAGUGGACUUAGACCCACGGAGGACCAGAAUUCUAAGUCUUGAAGUCUUUGAUCCUCUCUCCACACCAUCCAUUAACGACACCUCUGAGGGCAACAGGACUGUGCUGAGCUGCACGGUGCAGAGAGGGAUACCCACUUCCAUUCUGUGGACCAGAGAAGAGGUUGUGCUCCCAGUGGACCAACGGCAGUCCCUGUCUGAUGGGAACAAAACUUUAACCAUUUGGAACACACAGGAAUCAGACUCUGGAUGUUACACCUGCACAAUGGAAAACCAAGUCAGUUGGAAUAUCAGCAGCUACCAGCUGGUCAUCAAGAAUGCUGAACCCCGUACCAGAGCUCGACUCGGAUUGUAUCCAGCUGCUUGCUUAGUGUGCACAUCGGUGCUUGUGCUUAAUGUGCGAUUAGUGCACGGUUGAACAGGACGCUUCAAUAAAUAUCCCACCCCUGCUCAGUGGAACAAGGGCAGCAGGUACAUUGGAAGACCACCAAGACCAUCUCAAUUCCACUGCAGUUUACGCUGUGCCAGUUUUGCUCCUGGUCACCAUCCCUUCUGCACUGGUGGGAGGAACUCCUGGAAUUCCCCAGCAAGCUACGCUGUACAAAGAGCUUCACCACAAGAGCAGGCACAGUAGUGCAGUGGUUAACGUGAUGCCAUUACAGUGCCAGAGACCCAGGUUCAAUUCCCACCGCUGUCUGUAAGGAGUUCGUACGUUCUCCCAGUGUCUGCGUGGGUUUCCUCUGGGUUCUCCGGUUUCCUCCCACAUUCCAAAGACGUACGGGUUAGGAAGUUGUGGGCAUGCUAUGUUGGCGCCGGACGUGUAGCGACACUUACGGGCUGCUCCCAGAACACUCUACGCAAAAGAUGCAUUUCACUGUGUGUUUCGAUGUACAUGUGACUAAUACGGAAAUCUUAUCUUAUCAAGAUAUGGCAGAAUUUAUUUAGUCAGUUAUUUCAUUGCACUCAGGAGAUACUUAUCCCCAGUUAAAAGAUGGAUCCGUAUUGCACCAGACUGAAGGACAGCUUCUAUCUCACUGUAAUAAGACUAUUGAUUUAUAUCCCUUAUAUGAUGAGAUGGACUUUUGACUUCACUAUCUACCUUGUUGGGAUCUUGCAACUUAUUGUCUAGCUGCACUGCAUUUCCUUUGUAGCUGUGACACUUCACUCUGUACUGUUAUUGUUUUUACCUGCACUACAUCAAUGCACUCUGUACUAACCCAAUAUAACUGCACUGUGUAAUGAAUUGACCUGUACGAUUGGUAUGCAAGACAAGUUUUUCACUGUACCUCGGUACAAGUGACAAUAGUAAACCAAUACUAAUACCAGGGAAAGAUGAACCGAUUUCAGAAGGCAUGUGGCAAGGGGCCACAUAAGGGCCUGGUGCACAAGAUAAGAGCUCAUGGUAUCAGGGAGGGUGUGACCGUGGAUUGAAGACAGAAGACGGAGUCAGAAUAAACUGGAAGGGGAGUGUCCCAGGAUGGACGGUAGUUCUUGGCCCUCAAUUAUUUGGUAAUUGGUUACUGGUUUAUUAUUGUCACAUGUACCAAGAUACACUUUUGUCUGCCAUCCGUGCAGAUCAUUUCAAAACUUAAUGACCUGGAGGAGGGGGAUGAGUGUGAGGUAUCCAGGUUUGGCAAUGGUGCAAAACGUAAUUCACUCAUAUUUAUAUAUACACACUGGGCAAUGCAUUUACAGUUAACUCACCUGGGCAGGUCAUAAAGAGAUAACAUAAACAUCAAAUGACUUUUCACAGGAACUUAAAGCCUUAAAGUGAUUGAUGUUCCUUAGAAAUGUGAACUGUGGAAAAUUAAGGACAAAAUUAGGGGUAAGGUGGACACCAGAACAGUGUUGAAUUCAAUGGCCUGCAUUGGCCAGUACCACACCACCCCCACCCCCCAGCCCACCUUGCUCGUCCCAAGCUUCCAAUUACCUUUUGCAGCUCCCAGCCUCCCUGAGGUGAGCUUGCAAAGCAAAGCAAAGCAGAGCCAUUUAUGAGAAGUGACUAGGCUUUGACAGGAAGUCUGAGGUUAUCAUAGCCAUAGAACCAUACAGCACAAAACAGGCCCUUCGGCCCACCAUGUUGUGCCAUCCAUCAAACCACCCUCACACUAUCUAAACCUUUCCUCCCGCAUAUCUCUCUAUCUCACAGUCCCAGUACUAGUUACAAUUAACAUCUCAAGGACAAAAUCCCCACCAUUUCCUACCUAGACUAGCUCCCUCGGCUUACGCUGAAGUGAGAAAUUCACCUUAGUGUUACAAAGAGGCAGAAUACAAGGUUAAUGGCAGGACUCUCAGCAGUGUGGAGGAACAGAGGGAUCUUGGGGUCCACGUCCAUAGAUCCCUCAAGGUUGCCACACAGGUCAAUAGGGUUGUUAAGAAGGCAUGUGGGGUGUUGGCCUUCAUUAGUUGGUGUUUAAGUUCAAGAGCCGCAAGGUGAUGUUGCAGCUCUAUAGAACUCUGGUGAGACCACACUUGGAGUAUUGUGUUCAGUUCUGGUCACCUCAUUAAAGGAAGGAUGUGGAAGCUUUAGAGAGGGUGCAGAGGAGAUUUACCAGGAUGCUGCCUGGAUUGGAGAGCAUGUCUUAUGAGGAUAGGUUGAGCAAGCUAGGGCUUUUCUCUUUGGAGAGAAGGAGGAUGAGAGGGGAAUUGAUAGAGGUGUACAAGAUGAUCAGGGGCAUAGAUCGAGUGGACAGUCAGAGACUUUUUCCCAGGGUGACAAUGGCUAACACGAGGGGACAUAAUUUUAAGGUGAUUGGAGGAAGGUAUUGGGGGGAUGUCAGGGGUAAGUUUUUUACACAGAGAGUGGUGGGUGUGUGGAAUGCACUGCUGGCAGAGGUUGUGGGGGUAGAUACAUUAGGGACAUUUAAGAGGCUCUUGGAUAGACACAUGAAUGAUAGAGGGCUAUGUGGGAGGGAGGGGUUAGAUAGAUGUUAGAGCAGGAUAACAUGUCGGCACAACAUUGUGGGCCAAAGGGCCUGUACUGUGUUCACUUCUAUGUUCUAUGAGUUCAGUUCAAGCCCUACCACAAGACUUAACCACAUAAUUUGUCUCUGAAAUUACUGAGGCUUAAUAUAUGGGCAGCGACAGUCUUAUCCCACAUAUAUACGCCACUCCCACAUGACCCUCAGGAAUUGCACUUUAAACACAGGGGACUGGGACAUGGGCAGGGCUUGCUGUCAGUAGUGAAGCUUGUCGAUGUCAAUGGAGGUUGCUCUGCCUCGCCCGGAAGCAGUUUGCCAGCUCCCGACAGUACCCACUGGGAGGACCACUCAAAGUAAUUUGGAGGCAAGCGGGAACGUGAGCUCAGCUGGCUCAUCGCUGACCACAUCAUCUUCGGAGUUUGAUCCAUCUAAUCAGGGUGGUGCAGCAAGUAGAUCCGCUGCCUCACAGCUCCAGUGGCCCUGGUUCGAUCCCGACCUCCGGCGCUGUCCGUGUGUGGAGUUUGAACGUUCUCCCUGUGACCGUGUGGGUUUCCCCCGGGUGCUCCGGUUUCCUCCCAAGUCCCAGACACGAGCAGCUUGGUCGGAUAAAUGACCCAUUAUUCUGUCCAUGUUGUGUAGGUGAGUGCCGGAAUCUGGGAGGAGUUGAUGGGAAUGUGGGGAGAAUAAGUGGGAUAAGUAUAAGAGUGGUCUUAAUGGCUUAAUGCUGGUACAGAAAGGCCUCCAUCUGUGUUGUGUUACUCUGUUGAAUGGCAAAACGGACUCAAGGGACUGAGAGGCCCCCUACUUUGUCUGCCCCACUGUACCUGGGGACAGCAGGAAUUUUAUCCACUGACGAGCAGAAGGUUGCCCGAAGACUUGACCAAAUGGGUUAACUGUUUGGAAACCUCCGUUGACUCUUAUCAGACUUACCACUGUCCGACAGUUAGUGUAUUAUGAUUUUCUCCUUUCGGACUGGAUCAGGGAAAAUAAUGGUGGUUUCAGGCUAUUUUCCACGUAGGGGUGACAGGGUAGGUUAACCCUGGUGUUGCUGGGUGACCAUACAUGAAGCAUAAAAGACCAGUGAUAUGAUCAGUGAGGAAAACAUUUUACGCUAUGGGGAAAAAAUUUGCCACAUCCACAAGAAUUUUUUUAAAUGUUCGAACUUGCCAGGAAUUAUUUCAAAAUUAUUAAUUCAUUAUUAAAAUCA